GGUAUAAGAGCUAUUUGACAUCGCCAUUCCCACGUGUUCUCCUUCAUCCAGCGGCUGCGGCGCCGGCCCUGACCCAGAUCCUCCGCCCCCAGACUCGACUGGCAGCGGAGCCCCGCAGCCUCCUACUGGUGUCGGAUGCGAGAGUCUGUCCUUAAGUGAGAAAUCAGGCCUCACUGGAGACAUUCAAGCAAAGGUUGGACAACGACUUUUCCAGAACAGAAAGGAAACUCAUGCAUCAGAAAAGGUGACUAAUAAACAUACCAAAAGAAUAUGGCUGCACAAAUACCAGAAUCUGAUCAGAUAAAACAGUUUAAGGAAUUUCUUGGAACCUACAAUAAACUUACAGAAACCUGCUUUUUGGACUGUGUUAAAGACUUCACAACAAGAGAAGUAAAACCUGAAGAGACCACCUGUUCAGAGCAUUGCUUACAGAAAUAUUUAAAAAUGACUCAACGAAUAUCUAUGAGAUUUCAGGAAUAUCAUAUUCAGCAGAAUGAAGCCCUGGCUGCCAAAGCAGGACUCCUUGGCCAACCACGAUAGAGAAGUCCUAAUGCAUGGACUUUUGAUGAAAGAUUGCCAACAACUGUUGCACUGGAAAUGAGGAUUCACCUGACAGAAUCCCAUGAAAGCAGUAGCCACCAUGUUAAACCAUCUGUCAUGACUGUUUGGCAAACGGAAACCACUGGGGAAACAAAAUUGCUGUUUACCAGAAUAAUCAAAAUAGGUCUUAUUGCUCAAUGAAAAUAAUAAGAUGCAACACUUGUUGAGGCCUUAAGAUUCAGCAGCUUGGUCACUUGAUUAGAGAAAUAAACCAUGGUUUCUUCAAUUAUGACUGUUAAUUUUAAAGCAAAAUACGUGUUCAAUCAUGUAUGAGAUAGAAAAAAAAUUUUAUUACUAAAAGGAAAAUAAAUGGAAAUAUCACUGAGCAGUUUAUACUAUAUAGCACCAUAGCAUUCUGACUGGAUUGUGGAUACACUGAAAUGUUUUUCAAUCAAGAUCAUCCUCCAAGUAUUCCUGUUCAUUCAUGUCUGCCUCAAAUUGCUGGUAAAUACAUAAAAUCAAUUUAAUGCAC